UCGCCUCCUCGAUUCUUCGUCAUCGUCUGCCCCCUCGCUGCGUUCUUCCCUUGCUCGUUCAGCCAUCGUCGCACAUCGUCGCAUCUGCCUCCAGAUCUGCCGUUGCUCGCAUCGCGUCGUUCUUUUCUCAGCGCCGCCUCCUGCGGUAAAUUCUUCUCCGCUUUGUCGCAGAUCGUUGCAUCGCUGUCUAGAUCCGCCGUCCAGAUCUGCCGUUGCUCAUAGUCCGAAUCCUCCGGUGAUUAUGUUUAUGAGUUUUCGUGUUUUUUGGUUGGAUUGAACUAACAGGUUCACCGUCUUCAUCCAAGCGAAGCCAUGGCGUUGGUUUUUUAUUUGGGGGAAAAUGCUCCUGAUAAGGUGCUGCAAUCAAUCUAUGCUAAGUUGGAAAAUUUCAAGGUCCAGGGUGAUCAAUUUGCCAUGAAGAUUAUGGAGAGGCUGAAGUUAAUUUGAUAUUUGACUCCUGCAAGGAGAAAAAAUAGAUGGCAAAAGAGUAUACAGUAUCUUGUGUUGAAAAGAGCUUUGCUUGUGAUAGCCAGAAUCUUCAUGCAUGUGUAUCCAUUUGGAAGGAGACCAAUAACAUUUAGUAGUGCAAUUACUAUAAUAUAUUAUGAUUCUACUUGUCAUAAGUGGGAAGAGAAACAGAGGAUUCAAUCAUCAAGAUCACCCACUUUAACCUUCUUGGUCAUGCAUGGAAAUUGUUUACAGAAGGCAAAGGCUAUGAAAAUUGUUUGUAAUGCAAUAAGAGACACAUCGAAUUUAUUGCAGGCAGAUGCUAUUGUAGACUGGUUGUUGGAUUUGGAAAUACGGAAAAGGCCAAGCAAGAAGCAAUUAUGGCUAAUUCACGUGGAGAAUUUUUAAUUGAUUCAAAAUAUGAGACAUUGAUCCCUAAGGAAGAGAAGUCAACUCAAUCAAAGAAGUUUUAGUUUUCUUAAGGGUUUUUUCUACUUUAUGUAAUGAAAUUUUUUUUUUGCUUGAUUUUUGCAUACAUUUAGGAUCAUUGGCUGUAAAGCCAUCAAUGUAUAUUUGAAUUGUAGAUCAUAAAUUUGAUGUAUUUAUUAAUUUUGUCUUUUUUUUAAUUUCUAUAUUUCGAUAUAGAUAGUAUGAAUA